AUGUGUUAUGAUACAAGUCUCAACAGUGAUGCUAGGCUAUCCCCUCCACACAAGCGGAAAAGAUUGGAAAAAGAUGUUGUCAUUGCGAUUCAUGAUGGAGAGUAUCAUGCUCGAGAAUUCCUAUUCAAAAAAGUACUUGCCAAGAGUGAUGUUGGUAGGUUAAGCAGGUUGAUCAUCCCGAAAAGGUUUGCGAUUCAGCACUUUCCCAGCAUUGAUGUCAAUGCACGCCGCUGGAAUAAAUUUGUGAAGGCGUAUAAACUCCAGGCUGGUGACAACGUUCUGUUUUACAAGAAUUACAAUGGAGAUGAAGGCUUUUUUGGUAUUGAAGUUCGUUAUGCAGGUACAAGAAACGUUGUUGGCUCCUUAGCAAAUAAUUUAUACAAUGGAGAAGAGUUCAUAAAUGAUGAUACUGUAAGGGUCAAGGAAGAACAUGAGGUGUCAGCAUCUCAACUCAAGGAAAAAGAUGUUAUGCUAUUUGGCGUUCGUAUAAAAAGAGCGUCCAAAGAUUUUCAAGGUGAAAGCAACGACGUGAUUAAAGAAGAGGAGGAUUAUUUAGUACACAAGGCCGACUAUCGGAGAGUGAAGGAAGAGGAAUUUGAAGGCCUGAAAGUAGACCUUAACUUAUCACUCUGA